AAGUCUAGUGUAUAUUUAAUGAUUCGACUUAGAGAAAGACAAGGAGAAAAAACCCUUAUUUUCUCUUCUGGCAUUCAUCAUUUAUCUGGCCAUUCUCCCUACUUUUCUGACUGCUCCUUAAAACAUGUUUAUCCUCUCUAUUUUAUUAUAUUAGUAUAAUCUCUAUUAUUAUUAUCCUCCUUUCCUCUUUCUCUCUCUCUCUACACACUCAAAAAUUAGAGUAAGCUUCACUCAACAAAGUGAUAUAAUUAGCUUAAUUAAAACAAACUUGUUAGUGAAAUUAAGGUGAAAAUCUCAAGCUAUGGGGAGAGCUCCUUGUUGUGACAAAAACAAUGUCAAGAGAGGACCAUGGUCACCUGAAGAAGAUGCUAAGUUGAAGUCCUAUAUUGAGCAAAAUGGGACUGGUGGAAACUGGAUUGCUUUGCCUCAAAAAAUUGGCCUUAAGAGAUGUGGAAAGAGUUGUAGGCUUAGGUGGUUAAAUUAUUUGCGGCCAAACAUCAAGCAUGGAGGAUUUUCAGAUGAAGAAGAUAGAAUUAUAUGCAGCCUCUACAUAAGUAUUGGAAGCAGGUGGUCAAUAAUUGCAGCACAACUUCCUGGAAGAACUGAUAACGAUAUAAAGAACUAUUGGAACACUAAGCUAAAGAAGAAGCUAUUUGGAAAACAACGUCAAAAGCAAGGUUCAAGAAAAGGAAAAGAAAUCAAAUCCAUGUCAUCAAUUUCCACUUCCAAUAACCUGAACCAAAACCCUUGUUGGCCUGAGCUUCAACCAUUACCAUACUCAAACAAUGAACCAAGAUUCAUUAACAAUGACCAUACAUCCAUCAGAAAGCUAUUAAUCAAGCUUGGAGGUAAAUUUUCAGAAAAUGACCAAUUGACAAACGUUGUGCCAAAUUCUCAUGAAUAUCCUAUCGAUAAUUCAUCAUCGAUGCAACUGAUGUAUCAGGAUCAUAUCAAUUUGAUCUCUUCAGCUCCAAUAGAUCACAAUGUCUUCAACAUCACCGCACCAAAUAUUGAUCUAUACAACAUGGAUGGGGCAGCUAGCAAUUUUACGGCUGAAUUUGAGCAUAUGAUAAACACUAGUCAACAAAAAAUAGAUGGUCUUGAAUUUUUAUAUGAGAAUCUGGUUAUCGAUAAAUUUACUUCUACUUCUGGAGGAAAUUUAGACUGGGAAUCAAUGAAUCCUUACGUGCUUCCUCUCCCUCCUAUUGUUGCUUCUAGUGAUGGAGGUUUUCAACAAGGUGUUAUAUUUCAACAAGGUGCACUUGAUGAGCUAAGAUACCCCAUGGUACAAUAAUAUUACUAUUGUACAUUUUAUUCGACACUAUAUUAUAUUGUAAAUUUUUGUUGUGAAGGGAGAGGGCUGGAUUAUUUAUGUAAGUUGGAGAACCCUAGUACACUUGUUUAUUACUAUAUCCUUGCAUACUCUCUCUAUGUUUGUUAUUGAGGACUAUUUUCAUUAGUACACAAUUGUUUUCCUUUAAGUUACAAUUUUUUUUACUA